CACAUCUGCUCUAUCAUCCCUGAGCUCAGCACAUCUGUCUUCCAUGACCCUGGGCCCACGGCUUUGGGCCAUCCGAUAAAACUCCUGCCACAAGCAGGAUUCAAACCCAGCAUUGCUGCUUGAGACCUAGAUCCAGCCUCACAUAGAACAUCGUCUUCAGCUGCCUGGCUCAUGGCUCUCCUGUUAAACUUGAUGCUCGCCAUCUCAACCAUUUUUGUUGAAUCCUGCCUCGCAGAGUCUCCAUCCAAAGUUCGGCUGGUAGGAGGUGCUCACCGCUGUGAAGGGCGAGUGGAAGUAGAACGCAAUGGCCAAUGGGGGACUGUGUGUGAUGAUGGCUGGGACUGGAAUGACUUGGUAGUGGUAUGCCGGGAGCUGCAUUGUGGAGCAGCCAACAGAACCCAGAGUGGUGCAUCAUAUAGGCCACCAGCACCAGAAGAUCAAAAAGUUCUUAUUCAAGAUGUCAACUGCACUGGGAUAGAAGAUACAUUGUCUCAGUGUGAGCAAAAUGAGGACGUUUACAACUGCCUACAUUCAGAAGAUGCUGGAGCACGGUGUGUGAACCCAGACAGCGAUGUGCGACUGGUGGAUGGCCCGGGGCGCUGCCAGGGCCGAGUGGAGGUGCUACACCAGGAACAGUGGAGCACUGUGUGCAAGGCAGGCUGGAACUUACGGGCUGCAAAGGUGGUGUGCCGACAGCUGGGAUGUGGGCGGGCGCUACUGACCCAGAGAUGCUGCAACAAGAUGACUCAGGGCAAAGGGCCCAUCUGGAUGAGACAGAUGUCAUGUUCUGGACAAGAAGCAAAUCUUCAGGACUGUCCUUUAAGGCUUUUGGAGAACAAUUGUACUCAUAAUGAUGACACGUGGAUGGAAUGUGAAGAUCCCUUUGAGUUGAGGCUGGUUGGAGGAGACAACCCCUGUGCUGGGAGGCUGGAAGUGCUACACAAGGGUACAUGGGGCUCUGUCUGUGAUGAUAACUGGGGAGAAGAGGAGGACCAAGUGGUAUGCAAGCAACUGGGCUGUGGGAAGUCCCUCUCUCCAUCCUUCAAAGCCCGAAAAAGCUACAGACCUGGGACAGGCCGCAUCUGGCUGGAUGAUGUGGUUUGCUCAGGGAAGGAGAAGUCCCUGGAGUCCUGCCAGCACAGGUUGUGGGGGUAUCAUGACUGUACCCACAAGGAAGAUGUGGAAGUGAUGUGCACAGGUUAGUUCCCUUAGGUGAUGCCAACCUUCAAGCCCUACAUUUGAGCUGACUGUAGGAGGUGACUUGACCUCACCCUGUCAUGUUUCCUGAACCCUAUUUCCAGUGUAAGAGAGCUGGGGGCUGGCAGAAAGCUCUUUUGAUGACGCCUGUGGGCAUCUUGCCAGAAAGCACAGGAUCCCAUCUUCAGCCGUUGGCCUCUCCGGACAGCAGGAGAGGAAAUUCAAGUGUAACCCCUGACUAACCGAAGGGCUGUAGCCCAGCUAUGGAAUCAGGAUGGAGAGGUGGCUGUGUGGAGCUUUUUGCUUUAAGUAAUCAACUUUGAAGUAGGCUGAGAACUGAUUUUAACCAAACAAAAAAUGUGGAACAGUUAAUGCACAGAAAACAUUAAAUUGGCGCCGGGCAGUGGUGGCGCAUGCCUUUAAUCCCAGCACUCGGGAGGCAGAGGCAGGCGGAUCUCUGUGAGUUCGAGGCCAACCUGGGCUACAAGAGCUAGUUCCGGGACAGUCUCCAAAAGCUACAGAGAAACCCUGUCUCGAAAAACCAAAAAAAAAGAAAACAUUGAAUUGUGUACUCUCUGACAAUUGCUUCACUCUGAAAUUCAGACAAAAAGAUUCUUGUCUCAUUUACCUCAAAGAUUUUUGUGAGUGUAUAAGGAUCAGACAUGAAUACAGUCAACCAUAUUUUCUCUGCAUUCUGCAUCUAUGGAUUCAGAAGUAUCUGAAGAACAAAGCUACACCUGUACUGAACACAUCGAUUUACCUUGUUGUUAUUCCUUUAAUAGCGCAGCAUGACAGCUAUUUAUACCGCAGUUGUAUUGCUUCUGGUGUUAUAAGUAAUCUAGACAUGAUUUAAAGCACAUAGAAGGAUGUGCUCAGGUUAUUUGCAAAUUUUUGUAUACUUCAUGGGAGACUAUCCCACCUGUGGAUUUUGGCAUCCUUGGGGAAGCUGGCAUCCCUUGUCUGUUAAUGCAGAAGAAGGCCUGUGCUGUUCGUGACUCACAGGGGACAUAACUCUUGUACCUUUGGAGUACAGCUUCAGUUUGUGACCAUAUCAUUGUGGGCUACGCAUGUGGAUUAGCUCUUUCCUUUUCUGGCCCUUGAUCUGCUCUGUUGGUCAGUUUAUCUUGAGGGGAACAAACCUUUCUAGGCCUAAUUUCACCCUCACUGCAUUUUCAUUUUCUCUUUACAGAAAGCACCCCGGACUUUGGUGUGUAACCCUGAUCCCUGCCUGACCUGGAUCCCUGCUGCUUGCUCACUUGGGCCCUGAUUCCCCCAAGUGAUUAUAACUGGCCAUGGACUUUAGCCACCUCUCCCUGAGCCCUUGAGAGAGUGGACAAAGUACUCUUAUCUUGAUCUCAGGGAUGCACACCCCAUAAUCACCUCAAGAUAAGAGCUGCUGAGCUCUCUGGCUGAAGAAGUGUUUCCAGUUGUUUCCAGUUGCCCUAUGCUUUCCUUUCUCUUCCCAGCCUACCUGCAACUCUUGGGCCUCACAUAUGACUAAGGCACAGCCUGUCUAUAAUAACAUCGAGACUAUGACAACAAAAGGAGGGCUUAAAGGGAAUUAUGGGUAGACAGCAUUUUAGGUGUAUGGAGAAAAUAGACUUUUUUGAGGCUUUGCAAAUUUUAAAACAAGUGAAGUGAUCAUUACAGUAACAUUUCACUUCUCUGCCAUCUCUUAGAAAGUUGCAGAGUGGUUUCCUGUAGCCCCUGGAUGUUUCUCAUUGAGUUCUAGAUAUCUACCCAAAACUCAUACAUUUGAAGUUUGGUGUCUGAUGCAAACAGUAUCCUGAGGCAGGGCCUUUUGGACCUAACUGCAUCACAUGGUCUGAUCCCUCAGCCCUUAUGAAUGGAUUAAACCCUGAUGAAUCCACUGGGCGGUGAUAGAAACUUCAGGAGUUGGGACCCUGUAGAGGAAGAAGGUCACUGGGGCAUGCCUUUGGAAGGAGACAUUUUGUUCACAGUUUGAUCCCCUUCCUGUGUUCAAGGGUUGAUUCUAUAUCUUACUUAGCUUUUGUGAAUUAUGCUGCAAUAAACAAGAGUGUGUGGAUAUUUCUUGA